AUGUACACGAUAAAAGAAAGAAGAAAAGAGAAAAUAAAGACAAAAAACAAUGGGCUUGAUGGUUUGCAGGAUAAUACGAAACAUUUGUCUGUUGAGCUUGGAGAUGGAGAAUGGAGACGUUUAGAAGCACUUGCGGUGGACAAUGGAUGGGCCGGACUCGUCGUACUCUUGCUUGGAGAUCCACAUCUGUUGGAAGGUGGAGAGGGAGGCAAGGAUGGAUCCUCCGAUCCAGACGGAGUACUUGCGCUCUGGUGGGGCGAUGAUCUUGAUCUUCAUGAGAGCCUCUGGGCAACGGAAACGCUCGUUUCCGACGGUGAUGACCUGUCCGUCAGGAAGUUCGUAGGACUUCUCGAGGGAGGAGGAAGAAGCGGCGGUGGCCAUUUCUUGCUCGAAGUCGAGGGCGACGUAGCAGAGCUUCUCCUUGAUGUCACGGACGAUCUCACGCUCGGCGGUGGUGGUGAAAGAGUAACCACGCUCGGUAAGGAUCUUCAUGAGGUAGUCAGUAAGAUCACGUCCGGCAAGAUCGAGACGGAGGAUGGCGUGUGGGAGGGCAUAUCCUUCGUAGAUUGGGACGGUGUGGGUGACACCAUCUCCAGAGUCGAGGACGACUCCGGUGGUACGUCCGGAAGCGUAGAGGGAGAGAACGGCUUGGAUGGCGACGUACAUGGCUGGGGUGUUGAAGGUCUCGAACAUGAUUUGGGUCAUCUUUUCUCUGUUGGCCUUUGGAUUGAGAGGAGCUUCAGUGAGGAGGACUGGAUGCUCUUCUGGAGCAACACGGAGCUCAUUGUAGAAGGUGUGAUGCCAGAUCUUCUCCAUGUCAUCCCAGUUGGUGACGAUUCCGUGUUCAAUUGGGUACUUGAGGGUCAAGAUACCUCUCUUGGAUUGGGCCUCGUCUCCGACAUAGGAAUCUUUCUGUCCCAUACCGACCAUGACUCCUUGAUGUCUUGGGCGUCCAACGAUGGAUGGGAAGACGGCACGUGGAGCAUCGUCUCCGGCGAAUCCGGCCUGAAAAUGGAGGUCGGAGAAGAAUGUCCAAUGUAUUUACAUUGCAAAGAGAAGGUUGCGGCGAGAAUUUGUGAAUUAGCUGCCCUGCUUUCUCGCUGUUACACUGCAAGUUUAGCUUUCAACUGCUCGACGGCAAUGCGGGGGAGACAACAGGGAGAAGAAGGAGCAUCACCAGGAACCAUCAACAACAUGAUGAUGUUACCUCUCGGCAAUUUCAUCGGGCAUUGCUUAAAAAAGCGAAAUGUCAAUGAUGAUUCAGAUGUAUGGGGCAUCGAUGUUCUGUUUACAAAUGUCUUCCAACUUUUUUUGGAGAUUGACCCAAGUGGGACGGAGACGAAGAAUCGGAUGACAUCACUUCAUGACCAUCAGAAAGCACGCUGCACUAUGUGUAUGUUGUCUGUUCUACCGCCAUCCGCUAUCACAAAGUAUCUCGCUGCGGCGAUUCCAAGAAAUCGUCUCCGAUCAGCAGCACCGCAUCUCUCUCCAUCUCCUCAGAACCCGCGGAAUUUUUGCUAUUUGCCAAUGUGUAAUGCUCUUGUCGCUGCCGUCCUUCUGCCACCACGAAUGUUUCGUCUCCACGGAUCGCCUGCUCCUCUUUUAACACUCUUCCUCAUUACAUCUCUGCUUUUUCACUGGCACGGUAGUAAAUAG